AUGAAUACAUUUAUAAAACCUUCUCAACAUGCUCUAAAAACUUUUUCUCUUCAACGUUGUUCUAUAUCAACUAGUCCUAUUGUUUACAGUUGGUUUGUAAGAUUAACAAAUGUUACACAAGUUAAUACAGAAGCUGCAACACCAAAACAUACAAGAAAAAGAAAUUAUCCUUUAACAUAUGAACAACGUCAAUUUCCCAAAUUAAUUGGUCAUACAAAAACAUGGAAUACAUUUAAUACAUCAAAUUUACGUGAUGGAAAACGUAAAGCUGAAACAGUUAGUGAUGAUCUUUUUCUUCGUCAAUUUAUUUAUGGUACAUGGCAUUCAUUAUUUGUAUCCGAACUUAUUAUAAAACGACGACAUAAUAUGAUUAUUCUAAGUGGACUUGUAACACGAACAAUUCAUCCCCGUCGAAUGUAUUUUCUUAUAGGUUAUACAGAAGAAAUACUUUCUGCUCUAUUAAAAACUCCUGUUAAAAUAGAAAUUCAGACUGUAGAAAAUAAAGAUGAAGUGAUUUUUACAUAUUGGUAG